UUUACCAUAUAUGGAAACAAGGAAGUCACCGGUCCCAUCGCGCAUGCGUUAACCUCAGUUAUAUAUUUCCGGAUUACAGGCCGGUGUGCAUCGUUUUAGUGUAUUUAUCACUUAAAAUUAAAUUAUGGGAAGCUAUGAACAAAUCAAGUGUUUUGCAAGUUUACCAAGAACAACAAGAGGCAAAGCCUUGGUUCUUAAUGGAGACCCAAAGGGUAAAAACAUGCUAUAUACCAAUGGAAACAGUGUCAUAAUCAGAGAAGUUGAGAAUCCCUCUGUGUCGGACAUCUACACAGAGCAUGCAGUUCACACAACAUGUGCAGCCUACUCCCCCAGUGGAUUUUAUAUUGCAUCAGGAGACAUGUCUGGAAAAGUGCGGGUUUGGGAUACAGUUAAUAAGGAACACAUCUUGAAAAACGAGUACCAGCCAUUUGCUGGAGAGGUCAAGGACAUUGCCUGGUCUGGAGACAGUCAGAGAAUAGCAGCUGGUGGACAGGGAAACCAAAAAUUUUCUCACGUCUUUACUGCAGACAGUGGAAACUCCUUGGGAGAUUUGAUAGGACACAGUAGUGCUGUUAACAACAUUAGCUUCCGUCCAGAGAGACCCUUCAGAUUAGUCAGUGCCAGUGAAGAUAACUCUCUCUGUUUUUAUGAGGGUCCACCCUUCAAGUUUAAAAUCUCUCUGAAGGAUCACACAAACUUUGUUAAUGCUGUCAGAUAUUCUCCUAAAGGAGAAUACUUUGUCAGUGGUGGAGCAGACAAAAAGGCCUAUGUAUAUGAUGGUAAGACUGCUGAGAAAGUGGGAGAGCUGGGAUCACCCUCAGCUCACAAUGGUGGAAUCUAUGCUAUAUGCUUUAACAGUGAUGGAUCCCAAAUUUUAACUGUGUCAGGUGAUAAGACUGCCAAAAUCUUCAAAGUCCCAAGUGGAGAACUUGUCCAGACCUUUGAGAUGGGGAAGACAGUGGACGACAUGCAGGUGGGCUGUCUGUGGCAGGGGGACAACAUCCUGACCGUGUCUCUGUCAGGGUUCAUCAAUUACCUGGACAUCAACAACCCAUCCACCCCCAAAAAAGUCCUGAAGGGUCACAACAAGCCAAUAACAGCGAUGGUUCUCAGCGAGGGAACAAUCUAUUCAGCAGGAGGGGCUUUAGACUCCCACAUCAACUACUGGGAUGCUGGUACAGGGGAGAAUGAUAGGUUCACAGGAACCGGUCACAAGAACCAGAUCCAAGAUAUGGUGAUAGCCAAUGGAGAACUGAUAACAGUCAGCAUGGAUGACACUCUGAAGUUCUCCAAUGCAGGCACUAAGCAGUUUGGAGACUCUCAUAGCCUGGAGUCCAUGCCUAAGGCAGUAGCCGCAGGGUCCAAUGCUGCAGUAGUGGCCUGUAUUAAUCAUGUGGUAGUUUUCCAGAACAAGAAGAAGGCCUUCUCCCAAGCUGUGCCCUAUGAACCAGCCAGUGUGGCGGUUCACCCCAGCUCUCCUGUGGUCGCUGUGUGUGGAGCUAAGGACAAGAAGAUUCAUCUGUACACAAUCAGUGAGAGCAGUGGAGCUCUGCAGGAGACCAAGACGAUAGACAAUGUAGCCGAAGCCAGCGACAUGAUGUUCUCUCCCGACGGCCAGUAUCUGGCAACAGCCGGAGCCGAUAGAUAUGUCCGAUGCUUCAAACUACCCGACUAUGAGCUGGUAUUCAAUGAUCCUACUCACUCAGCCAGAGCCACAUGUGUAGACUGGUCCCCAGACUCCUCUCUCUUUGCAACUGGUUCCCUUGACCAGAAUAUUGUAGUCUGGAAACCCACAGCCCCUCAUAGCCAGCGCAGCUUGGUCAUCAAAGCUGCCCACAAACUGAGUCAUCCUACAAGGGUACGUUGGUUAAACAACGACACGGUCGUGUCGGCAGGCCAUGACAGUAACAUCAAACAAUGGAAGAUUCAGUUCUAGUUACAUUGAAAUAGUAGAACCUUUUUUUUCUUUAUUAUUAAGUUAUAAUCAUUUCUACAUGGACUGUGGCCAAAUUAAAUAUAUAGGUGUGAAUGUGUUCAUAUCUGCAGAAAACCAUCAACUAUUUUUAUAUAAGUGCUAUACAGUGUAUUAAUACAUGUAUGACUUGAGGUUCAUAGAGGAUACUCUCGUGCAAUGUAACUGUCUUUUAUACGAUAUUAACUUUGUUAGAUAAACCUAUGUGGAGAGUCUUGUGCAACCUGCAUAAA